UUUUUAUAAACUUUAUAUAUCGAGCAAAAGGAUAGCUAAAUAACCGCACAAUUACUCUAUGGGUUGUGGCAGUAGUUCCACAGCUAUUCAUCACAAGAAUGAAAGUCAUGCCCGAAAUCGACACAACGGUAGGGGAACCGGGAAUCACAACCGAAAGCCCAUUGAAAUAAACGAAGAGGCGUUGAAUGAAUACUUGCAGUUAGAGUAUGCCAUCAAUGACUUCGAGAAGAAGCACGUCUUAGAGAACUAUCAGAUCAAAAGCGAACAAUUGGAACAAUUAGACGAAGCCGUCAAACAAUUGGAAAGAGAUAAGAAACUAUACGGACAGCAAUCGAAUGAGAUCCAGAAUCAAAUGGGAAUCAUUGACUUGAAGUCUAUCAAAGAAUAUGUUCUUCAAAAGACACAAUCGGAUGACUCUCUCACUCCGGAUGAAGAAAAGCUAAUCGAUUCACUCAAUCGAUUGGAAGUGGCGGAGAAAGAGUUGGAGACGACUUCACAGCAACAAAAUAAUAUCAAACUCGAAGUCCAACAGUCGGUGAUUGAGGGCGAAAAACUGCAACUCUAUUACGCAAAACGAGACGAACUUUUGGAUGCCAUAUUUGAGGGCCAAUACGCCAGCGAUACUGAGAACCAAUUGGAAAAAGAGUUGGACUGGUUGUUGGAGCAAAAGCAUCACGUUGACCAAGCUCACUUCAGGUGGAAACAGGCCAAGACACUCGUCAAACAGGCGAACGGGCAGUUGGGUCGCGGACUACAAAAGUGGAAAGAAUUACUUGAGAUACCCGUCCAAGAAAGCGAACAAAGAUAUGAAUGCGUGGCCGACGCGCGCGACAAUUUGGUGGCCGCGAGUCAGAACAUAGCGGGUGCGCAACGAUAUCUGCCUAACAUAAGUCUGCCGUAUUGCGCGCCCGACGAGGUCGAGACGCUGAACAAAGCCAUUUCGUACAUAUUCACUGAUAUGCAAACACCCGAACGACACAAACACGCCCUCAACUGCUACCAAACCACGUAUAAGAGAGCGGGUGCUCUGCGCCAGUGGUUGGAACAGGUCCUCAACUCCACCAUCGCUAAAGACUUACACGAAUUGACCGAAGAAUGUAAGGCCAGGGCAUCGGAACUGCGCGCCGAACGCACCCGACUUAUAAGGAAACGGAUUAAAGAGAUGACUGGAAAUGAUGUCGAUUACCACGAAGAGACUCCGCUUGAGUUCAGAGACAGUGGUGUCGACAGCGAACUCGACGACUCGGCCGCCGCUGACGAACAGAUCGCACAGAUAUUUGAAUCGGGAAACAGUGAACGCAAAGGCGGCGCCAAAUCAUUAACGCCUGACCCGACACGGAUGCCACUGAUUAUGCCGACACCGCUUCCAACCGCAGAUCUGGCGCCCAUUCCCUCCGAUGGGGAGAUAUUUGGCAAAAUUGAACAAAUCCGAAGUCAACACCGAAGAGAGAUCCAAGAGUUCCAGAAGGCUCAGCGCCUGAAUCAGGUGCGGAUGAGUCAGGGAUUGAAGCAAAAACUGCAUCAAAGGAAGAGUAGAAGAAGUCGAAUGGAAUUACAUCGACGAGAACUGGAAGCGCUUCGGGAGUCACCCAUCAAUUGAUAAGAUUUACAUUUCAUUAAUUCAUACCUCCUUUCACUUCAAGUGCCUUAAAGUUGUGUAAAAAGCAUUCAAAAACC